AUGUCCUUGGGCAAAGCAGCUGAAAAUGGCUAUACUGCGAUAGUAGAGCUACUCUUGAAUGCAGGCGUAGCACCGGACGGUCCAGAUGACCAUGGUCUUGAAAGGGGCCCUGCGCUCUACAAAGCAGCCAGAGAAGGCCACAGGGAGGUGGUUGAUUUGCUUGUCAAAGCUGGAGCCGAUAUUUCUCGUCAAAGUCAUGGGAACUACCACCUCUUAUCUAACUACGACGAACACGGACACACUGCGCUCUAUAUCGCUGCUGGUGGAGGGCAUGUGGCAGUGAUUGACUACCUCAUUUCUUCCGGGGCACUGGUUUCCUUACAGGGUGCAGAAGGUCAUACGGCACUACAUGCUGCGGCAAGGGCUGGCCACAGUGCAGCAGUGGAGCUCCUCAUCAAUGUCGGUGCCGAUCUCUCCGUCCAAGCCUACUCCGGGGCCACACCCCUCCAUUAUGCUGCACAGUAUGAUCAUGCUCAGGUAGUUAAGCUGCUUCUCGAUCGCGGAGCUGAUCCGUCCAUCCUAGAUCGUGAAGGAAGGUCUGCUCUGACUCGAGCAAUUGAGUUUCACCGCGCUGAGGUGGUUGAAAUAUUCACUGCGGCAGAAAAUUGUAUAAAAUGA